UAGUAUUCGUAAUAUAAUUCCACGUGCGAGCGAUAAACAAGAAAAAUACUUUCUAUUUUUGAAAAUCAAAAUUCUUUUCAAGAUUUUAAAAAUACGGAAACUAGAUAGAAAUUGGAAAUUCAGUUUUUUAGAGGUCAUUGGCAGUUCCCACCUAUCCGGUUCGAAUAGAAAAUCUAUUGACAAUUUUUAUUAAUUCUUGAGCUUGUUCUUGAGAAAGAAACUUUCUUAGGAAAAAGGUGAUUUUGAGAAAAAGAAAGAACUUCGAGAUUUGCCAAAAUGAAGUACAGAUCAAAUGAUUCGUGCCCUGUGCAAAAUUCACAAUUAUGCCAAAAUUUAGGAAAAAAUCUUACCUCAGAAAGGUAAGGGAAAUGCGCGAAUAUCGUCGUGAGAGACUAAUGUCCGAGACAGCCGAGGAACGUGCUUUCAGAUUAUACACAGCCGCCGAGAGAAUGAAGAAUUCAAGGGCAAAAGAAACCGAGGAACAGGCCGCGAUCCGCCGCAUGCAGGAGGCACAACGCAUGGCUCGACAUCGUGCAAAAAAAAAGCGUUGCCUCGAUGAAAAUUUAGCACGUGAAAUAUCGAAAAUUGCCGAACUCUCAAAAAUACCCGACACAACAACAAUCACCGAAAUGUCAGAGCUGAAUAUGAAUAAAAUCUCAGCCGAACUCAAGCAAAUGAUGGAACGUGGCAAAGUUCCCGAGCAUAUUGUCCAAAUGGCACAAUUAGCCGAAUUCAGUAAAAUGACCGAACUCAAUAAAAUGUCCCAAGACAUGGCGAAACGCUACGAAAUGGAAAAAAUGGCCGAAUACGCAAAAACCACCGAAUACAUGAAAAUGCAAAUGCAAAUGAAUGAAAUCGCAAAAAUGAACGAAAUGGUCAAAUAUUCCGAAAUGACAAAAUACAACAAUGACAUUUCAAAAAUGAACGAACUCGCAAAAAUGAAUGAAAUGAUGAAAAUCAAUCAAAUGGCAAAAAUCAAUGAGGUUCAACGUAUGAACGAAAUAGCGAAACUAAACGAAAUGGUGAAAAUGACCGAAAUGGCAAAGUACAAUAACGACAUAACAAAACUCAAUGAAAUUGCUCAAAUAAACGAGAUGGCCAAGGAAAUUGCCAAGAUGAAUGAAAAAACAAAAAUGAAUGAAAUGAUUAAAAUGGCAAACAUGCAGAACAUACAGAACGACAUAACAAAAAUGCCGGAAUAUUCGAAAAUGGCCGAAAUGGCAAAACUCACUGAAUUGGCAAAAUUAAAUGAAAUAACAAUAACAAAAUUAAAUGAUCCACCACCGCCACCACCACCGCAGCCUCCACCACCAAUUAAACAAGAAAUUCAAAGAAUUCCCGAACCUGUGAUCACAGUGCCAAAUCCAAGGAAUUUGCAGAAUGUGCAAAAUGUUCAGGUCCAACCGCAACCAAGCCCGUCAAAUACAAUUAAUUUUCCGUCAGUGCCUGGUCAGGGAAAAUAUGCCCAAUUAUUAGUCAUCAUCGAGGAACUUGGUAGGGACAUUCGCCUUUCUUAUGCAGGAAGUCGCAGUGCUGCCGAAAGACUUAAAAUGGGCAUUCAACACGCGAGAAUUCUCGUUCGCGAGUGUCUACUUGAAACCGAGCAUAACGCUCGACAAUGAUCUUCUCAAAAUUUUAUAUUUAGAAAUCUUUUUUUACAACAACAAAAAAAUAUAUGUUUACUAGUUGUCACUGUCGGCAGGAGACUAUUUGGAACUUUAGAAACAAGUCAUAAAAAAGUAAAACAAAAGUUCUUUAAAAAAAUCCCUGAAGUUUUGGCGUCGACGCGUCAGAAACCGAAAAAAUCAAACAAUUAUUUUUUCAAACGUUCAAAAUACGAAAAUCUAGGAAAAAUUUUGUCAACUCCUCUUGUGAAGGAAAAAAGUAAAAUUAGUUACUAAAAACCCCAAAAA